UUUUUUGUCUAUUUUAUACAAAAAUACAUAUCCGAAUAAUAUCUUGUCGUAAUAAUAAUAGCGGCACAAAGAAAAAAAAAAGUAUAUUGCAAUUGAUAAUUUUUGGGGAAGAAAAUUGUUUAAAUCAAUUUGUAUAUAAGCAAAGUGAAAAAUAGAGUGAAUAAACUUUACUAUAUAUUCAUGCUGAUGUGAAUUAUGUAAUAUAAAUAUAUGGAACAAAUACUUUAAAAAUAAUUUAGUUUUUGGCCAAUAUGGAUAUACUUUUAUUUCUAACAGCAGCCACCCAUCUCUUCUACACUCCAUUUACGAAAGUGGAGGAGAGUUUUAAUUUACAGGCUAUGCAUGAUAUACUUUAUUUAAGACAUAAUUUUUCUCUGUAUGAUCAUCAUGAGUAUCCCGGUGUUGUGCCACGUACAUUCUUGGGUCCACUGUUUAUAUCCAUUCUAUCGACACCAUUUGUGCUGCUUUUUGAAGCUCUACGAAUCAAUAAACUUUGGGCGCAAUAUGUAGUGCGUUUAAUUUUGGCUGGUGUUAUAUCGUAUGCUUGGAAUGACUUAAGACGAGUUGUAUCAAAAUUAUAUGGCAUUGAAGUAAGCAUUUGGUUCACCAUCAUCACCAUUACACAAUUCCACUUUAUGUUCUAUAUGAGUCGCACUUUACCCAAUACAUUAGCUCUACCCUUAGUUCUCUAUGCUUUAACUUAUUGGCUUAAAGGUCAAAACAAACAUUUCAUUAUCUGUUCGGGAAUUGCGAUAUUGGUAUUUCGUUCUGAACUAGCGAUAUUUCUUGGUAUAUUAUUGAUAAUUGAUUUAGUACAAAAAAAAAUCAAAAUAGAAAGCAUCAUUCGAAUAAUAUUACUUGCUGGCAUUUUUAUAUUAACAGUUACUGUAUUGGUGGACUCAUUCUUCUGGAAACGUUUACUUUGGCCUGAGGGUGAAGUACUAUGGUACAAUACAAUUUUGAAUAAAAGUUCUGAUUGGGGUACCUCACCAUUUUUAUGGUAUUUUUACUCUGCUUUGCCACGUGCUAUGGGAGCUUCACUUUUAUUUGUACCUGCUGGUUUAUAUUUCGAACGUCGAAUACGUCCACUUGUGAUUGCAGCAAUUGGUUUUGUGAUUAUAUAUUCCUUCUUGCCUCAUAAAGAAUUGCGCUUUAUUAUCUAUGUUUUACCAGUAUUGAAUUUAGCAGCUGCAUGUGCUUGUGAUCGUUUUUGGGUGAACGGUGUUAAAUCAAUGUGGCACGGUUUGCUUCAAUUGUGUGCUGGUGGACACUUGUUACUCAACGUCUUCUUGACUUUAUUUCUACUAAUUAUAUCUGGUACAAACUAUCCUGGUGGUGUUGCUCUAACACGCCUCCAUCGGCUUGAAGCGAACAAUACAAAUGUCACAGUACACAUAUCGAAUUUAGCUGCACAAAGCGGCGUCUCUCGUUUUAUGCAGAUUAGAGAUGAUUGGCAUUACUGUAAAGAUGAGAACCUCAAUUAUACAAUGGAUGAAAUUUCAGGAUUUACACAUAUGUUGGUUGAAGCAAAAAGUAAAAACAAUUUACAGCAGUGGUCUUUACUGCAGGAACAUUUCGAGGCAUUAGAAUUCAUAGAUUGCUUUAGUAGCAUUGGUAUACAAUAUAAUUCACUACUGCCGAUACGUAUCAAAACAAAGCCAUGUAUAGGUAUUUUAAGAAAGAAAAGUGAUUCUAAAAGCAGUACUAAAAAGGUGAAGAUACCCGAUAUCAAUAUGAUUCCUGAAAUAAUAGACGAUGUACAGCCAACAAAAGCCACUUCAAAGAAAAAGAACAAAAAAGGAAAUAAAAAACGCAAUGACACAAAUAUAAAACCACCAUUAGAAAUAAUUGAAGAAAAUCCUAUAGAUUUAAUGGAUAAUUUAGAUGAUACAGAUGGUAUUGUUACUAGUAUUGAAGAUACAUAUUCUAUUGAAACCUCUAUAAACAAUGAAGAUACAGAAGAAUCAUUGCAUACAAAGGAAAUUAAUUUUCAAGAACUUCAUAAUUUAGCAAUGGGUCAAGUAAAUAAGAAGACUAGAGCUACAAAAUUAAAAAUACGAACGCUUAUAGAACAGCAUUAUCGUUCGAAAGGAAAUCAAAUAGAAAACGAUUCCCUGGAAAAGCAACAAAGCGAUAAAGUUAAUAAAAGUCAUACGACCACUGGUAAUCGUCAAUCGGUAAAGUCAAUAAUUAAACAGGAACGUAUUAAAGAAAUGAUUGAAAAAAUCUCUACAAUGGACUUAACAAAAAUGUGCAAUUUAGAUAAGGUGUCCACUAAAGAUUGUCUUAAACAAGUAAUUGAUAAAAUUGAUGAAGAUAACCUUCAACAAACCAGGUAAAAAAUGUUAUACAUAAAUGUGAUCAAAGAAAACAAUAUAAAUAUUUAUGUGAAAAGACAAAGAAAAAGAUUGUUCAUUAUAUAAUGUUUUGUAUCAUUUGUGUACUAUGUCAUAAAGAA